GGGCCAAUCCAAAUCUUGCCAUAAAAUCCUGGGCGUGGGGGCGAUCGAUCGAUGGAACUAUCGGUUGUUCACCUACCUACUCCUCGACGCUGAAAGUAACGACGGAAGGCAACCGUCAUCGAUGGAGUGACUAAUAUCUCAGGCUGACUUUGACCAGGUGGGGUUGGGAAUUGGGAGUCUUGGGACUACUUUGCUGGCAUGGCUUCGGUCCCGGGCUGGGAGGGUUGGUACCGUAUCCUCGUGAGGGGAUGGCUUCAGGUAUUGAUCUUGGUUAGCCUGACUUUAAGAGCCUUUUCUUUUUUUUUUAAACUUCCAAGUGACACAAUCAUCACAAUUUAUUUUGAAGAGAGACAGCAUCCAAACCUUCAGCUCUUCGCAUCUCUGAUAUCCAAGCAGUCUCUUCGUUGGCCUCGCCAUAAUGUCUCCAAUACACGCCAUCCACUCCAUGGAUAGCAAAAAGCUCCCAAGUCAACGGAGCAUCAAUCAUCGAAGCGAAACCACCCCAGGCAUCAUCACCUACUCUGAUGCCAGCCGAGAAAAGCACCAGCAUCCGCAAACCCUACCCAAGCCACUACAAGAGCAGCAGCAACAGCUACACGACUAUCUUGUUGGAAACAGGAGUUGCAAGCCGACAACGACCCCCAUCGAGUGUUGGCUGAAGGAAGAUAUCCGAGAGCAGCCUUGGACUGAUCUCCGUGUUCCAACAAGGAAUUUACCACAGUCAGGGGCAUGGGUUGAGGAGUUAUCACCAGAGGUAGUAGAGCUGGAUGAUCUGACUCUGAACCUAGAUCUGGAGCAGUUAUCGCUUUCAACUUUAACGGUGUCGAUGUUGGGAAGCGAGUCAACUCCCUGCGGCUGAGGCCCCGCCACCGUUGUUAUCUUCCUUAUCUAAUACGGAGUCUUCUUCGUCGUCAAUCACAGCGAGAAGGUUGUGACGAGGCGGAACCCCGGUUAUGUUGCUAGUGGAGGAUCUCUCUCUGAUGGAUUCAAACGGCCAUCUUAGGUAUCGUCUGCCCGAAAAACUUUGAAUGCAUUC